CAGAGAGUUAUAGUCAUGCUAGAAAAUGUGAAUCCUUUGUGGUCGUCUCAUUUUGUGCAGGACGAGUGUGUGUUGGAGCCCGAGAUAUACGUCCGAGCAGAGAGGCUGUUUCGGAUACUGCUGCACUAUGUCACAGAUUUCUUGGUGUGGGAGGAGAGCCUUGAACCACCGGAGGAGCUGCAGCCCCUGACAAAAGACAAUGCCUACUACUGCGUACUGUACAACGAUGAGCACCACUCGUACGACCAUGUGAUCUACACCCUGCAGCGCUCUGUUAACUGUGAUCAGGCCGAAGCACAGACGCACACCGCACUUAUUGACAAAGAGGGUCGGCGGGCAGUAAAGAGAGGGACCCUUCGUUCCUGUCAGCAAGCUAGAGAUCUCAUCAGGUCCAACUCCGAGCACAUUUCCCUGCAGCCACUACGCGUGGAGAUCCUUCAUGCAGCAGUAAUGGCUCAUCAAACCUUUGUGCUGCGCCUCGGCCCCUGGUUCCAAAAGAUCAUCAGUUACUCAGUGGGCUUCAGACAGGCCUUCUGUCAGGUGGCGCUAGAGACGACUGCAGACGGAGACCAGCCUUGCCUCAUCAGCAGACUCAUGCUGCACGAUGCCAGGAUGUACAAAGGAGCACGCAAGAUCGUACAUGAACUGAUUUUCUGUAGCAUGCUAAUGGAGACAGAGUUCAAGAGACUUUUUGCAAUUCAGUUCACAAAGUACUACAAGCAGCUACAAAAGGACUUUAUAAUUGAUGACCACGAGAGGAGCAUCUCCAUCACUGCUCUGUCUGUUCAGAUAUUCACUGUACCCACAUUGGCCAGACAACUCAUCGAAGAGGGCAAUGUCAUUAAAGUUAUAGUCGGCACGGUCAUGGAAUUGCUGCGUGAACAUCUGGAUAACAACAAUCGCUUCUUCUUCCUUGGCUACAACUCUGACAAGUUCUCACGAAUCCAGAUCAUCUUCCACGACCUCAGGUAUAUUCUGAUCAGCAAACCCUCGGUAUGGACUGAGGAGCUGCAGAGAGAAUUCUUGGAGGGAUUCCGAGACUUUCUUGGGCUUCUCAAAUGCAUGCAGGGUAUGGAGGAAGUGAAGCGCCAGUUUGGUCAGCACAUUGCGGUGGAGCCAGAAUGGGAGGCUGGCUUUUCUCUUCAGAUCCAGCUCCGCCACAUUCUUGCUAUGUUUCAAGACUGGUGUUCCUCGAACGACGAGAUCUUGCUGCUUGCAUUUGAAGAGUGCCACAAAGUCCUGAUGCAGUGCAAUAACCAGCCCUUCCAUCGGGAGGCCACUAACUACCACAUGUUGAAGCACGUCCUCCACAUUCGUCCCUACAAAGUGUCUCAAGAGCCAGUCAGCAUACAUCUGCCUAUCUCCAGGCUACUGGCAGGUCUGUAUGUAAUAAUGUGCAGAACAAGGGCAGUUGAGCGUCUGGAUAACCCCGAGCGCUUUGACCACACCUUGCUGGCAGAGCAUCCUCUGCGCUGUGUGGUGCUGGCUGCGCAGGUCUCUGCUGAAAUGUGGCGGAGAAAUGGAAUUUCAUUGGUCAGCCAGGUCUACUACUAUCAGGAUGUAAAAUGCAGGGACGAGAUGUAUGAUAAGGACAUUGUCAUGCUUCAGAUAGCUGCUUCCAAAAUGGACCCCAACCACUUCCUCAUGCUGGUCUUGUUGCGAUUUGAGCUCUUUGACUAUUUCAAAGGAAGUAUAAACAAAGACCAGGAUGAACUGAUACAGUGGAACCGCUUGACAGAAGAGAUGCUGUACCUCCUUAUCGUCGUGAUCGGGGAGCGCUAUGUCCCCGGUAUCAGUCAGGUGACCAAAGAGGAUGUGACCAUGAGGGAGGUGAUCCACCUGCUGUGCAUUGAGCCCAUGGCCCAUAGCAGCCUGGUUAAGGGUCUGACGGAGAACGAGAGCCACGAAACUGGCCUGGAGAGUGUUAUUACCAAAGUUGCAACCUUCAAAAAACCAGGAGUUUCGGGGCACGGAUUGUAUGGAGUAAAAAAGGAGCGUCUGGUCGAAUUCAACCCUUUCUUCUACCAUUAUUCCAGAUCACAGCAUAGCAAGGCAGAAGAGUCUCAGAAGAAGAGGAGGACUCAUGAAGGUCACGACAAAGCUCUGCGUCCUCCGAUGCCUCCCGCCUUCUGCCCAGCCUUCUCCAGCAUAGUGCGUCUGCUCAGCUGUGACAUUAUCGUCCACAUCCUGAGACACACCCUGCAGAGAGCUGCAGAGGACCGGGCAACCCAUUGGACCGAAGCCAUGAUCCAGAGGGCCCUGCACUUGAUAGGCCAGGCUUUGCUCGAAGAGAAAACCCAACUUGAGGACAGCACGAUGGAGGAAGUGGCCUUUGAUUUCAGCCUCAAGGCCCGCAGAAUUGGUUCAGAACACGGAAAGUCAGUCUUCCUCUUGUUGUCAAAGAUUAAGGCCGUUCCUUCCCUCGAGGCCCAAAAAGACAUGGUUAAAUGGGUUUUACAGAUGUUUGAGAUCGUCAAGUGCCUUAGAGAGAAGUCCAGUCCAACAGCUUCCAUGAGUGUGGAUACGACCAAGCCAGAAGAGAGUGCUCAGGACAAAGAGAAAGCUGAGCGCAAAAGGAAGGCCGAUGCCGCCAAACUCCACCGCCAGAAGAUCAUGGCCCAGAUGUCAGCAAUGCAGAAGAACUUCAUUGAGUCAAACAAGUUGCUGUACGAUAACAUGCCGGAGAGUGGGACACAAGGGGAGCCUGUUGCUACUACGGCGAGCUGUGCUAUGGAGCACAGUGAGCUGUGUGUAGCCAUCGGGCCCCAGCGAGGGUCCUCUCCGGCCGAGAGGGAGCUGCUGACCUGCAUUCUUUGCCAAGAAGAACAGGAGGUUGCGGCGCAGGCUCCCGCCAUGGUACUGACGGCGUGUGUCCAGAGGUCCACGGUGCUGACGCAGUGCAGAGGCAGGAUACCGGCCAAUAGAGCAGAUGGGACAGUGACAUCAUAUCCCCUCUUCAUGGCUCCCGAACUGGCAGUUGGAACCCACACUGGCAGCUGUGGACAUGUCAUGCAUGCCACAUGUUGGCAAAAAUACUUUGAGGCCGUUCAGAACAUGACCAGGAACCGGCUCCAUGUUGAGCUGAUCAUCGACCUGGAGAAUGGAGAGUACCUGUGUCCCCUGUGCAAGUCUCUGUGCAACACCGUUGUCCCGCUCAUCCCGUUUGAAAGGUUAAUGUUCAACUAUGAAAACGCAGAGAUAAUUGGAGAGCAUUUGACUCUGUCCCGCUGGAUCCAGAUCCUCACUGCCAGGAUUAGAGGACUCAAGUCAGUCACUCAAGAAAAUGAUUGCAACACCGAGGGCAGCAGUGUUGAUGGGGACCCGGGGCUGUGCGGAGAGGGCCAGGCGGACUUCAGAUCCAUCCUGAGCUACGGAGUACAAGAACCGAGGAAGUUCUCCGACAGCAUACUGGAGAUGCUGGUUGUUUGUGCCACCACGGUCCACAGGGUGGGACUGCAGACGGCACCCAACGAGCUGUGUCCACGUGUUCCCAUCAUGGCUUGGAACACGUGUGCCUUCACUAUUCAGGCCAUCGAAAACAUAUUGCAGGAAGAAAGCAAGUCACUCUUCGGCUCCUUACAAAACAGACAGCUCGCCGGUCUGAAGGCAAUUGUUCAGUUUUCCGCCGCUCAGAGAAUUAAGAGUUCCCAGGCUGUCAUUCAGAGGCACUUUAACGACAUGUUGGGGGUGUUGCUGCCGGCCAUGGGCAGAAAGAACACCCCUUCUCCUCUGGAGGUGGACUUCUUCCAUCUUCUGGUGGGGUUGGUGUUGUCUAUACCUGCACUCUAUCAGGAGGAGGCUGUGGACUUGCAGCCGUCCGCUGUCAGUUCUGCCUACAACCACCUGCACAUCCUUCAUCUGGUGACCAUGGCGCACAUGCUGCAGGUCCUCGUUUCCUCUACAGAUUUCCCCGCUGUAGCUGGAGAGGAGACGGAGGAGUCGAAAGCUGCAGCAGAGCUCUACACUACAGUGUCGCAACACACUGAAAGGCUGAUUCCAGAUGUGUCCGGCAUCUCUGUGGCAGAAAGAGUGAAGAGAGGAAUUGAACCUUUCCUGCGCUGUGCUGCUCUCUUUUUUAAUUGCCUUACAGGAGUACAUCCCCCAGAGGAGCUUUUUAGUACUGCUGUCGCCUCUCAAGGACAGUUGGAGGCGCUGUGCGGCUACUUGGCACUACCCUCCAAUCUGUUCCAGCUCUUCCAGGUGCACAGAGACACUGUUACUCCACUGCUGAAAAGCUGGUGUGGCAGUCUAGCUGUGACCAAAGCCCUGAAAGGCAAAAAUCAGACCGUCAGAUACCCGAGGAGAAGGAAUCGUUUGGUUGAUCUUCCUGAGGAUUACAGUGCUCUCCUCAAUCAAGCCAGCCAUUUUCAAUGUCCCAAAUCUACGGACGACGACAGGAAGCAUCCGACCUUGUGCCUGUUUUGCGGCGCCAUCUUGUGCUCUCAGAGCUCCUGCUGUCUCAGCCAGCUGGAUGGAGAAGAUGUGGGAGCUUGCACUGCCCACGCUGCUACCUGCGGGGCCGGAGUGGGAAUGUUCCUCCGGAUAAGAGAGUGUGAAAUUGUACUGAUGGCAAGUAAAACUCGAGGAAGCACAUAUCCUGCUCCUUACCUGGAUGAUUAUGGGGAGACUGAUCCUCACCUUGGAAGAGGCAAUCCACUCCACCUUUGCCCAGAGCGCUACAAGAAGCUGAACCAGCUGUGGCAGCAGCAUUGCAUCCUGGAAGAAAUCGCCCGCAGUCUAGAGGUGGUCAACGUGAUGUUUGCAUUUGAGUGGCAGAUGUUGUGAUGAUCGCUGCAGCUGUGGUGGCCGGGAAGUAAAGAGCACAGCCAUAGAGCACAAUCUGCUCCAGUGCUCCUUAGGCAGACAGACAGACAGACAGACAUACACACACAUAUACAUACAUACAUACAUACAACCCUCCUGCAAUCAAAGGAGGUCUGAGCAGCCAGUCCCUCUCUGAGGACACCCCUGGCGGGGUCAGUAGAGUUGGGACACUCGAAGGAGGGAGGGUAGCGCAGCGUAACGAGUAAACCCAAGUCGCCUUGUUUUAAUUUGAUUGUCUGCUGUAAGGAGUUUCUGCUAGAGAAAUGGCAUUUGCAAAGAGACACAUUCAAAUAAAGACACGCAUCAGAUACACACCAACGUGUUUUAGUUAUCAGUUUAUAUAUAUCAUUUCUUUCAGUAAUGCUGUGAAUUUUCUGCAUUCUCUUUUAGUUCUAUACAGUUAUGAGUUGUCAUAAGUUAUUCUUCUUAUUCUGCUGUUUCAGAGGGUAUAUUCAUUUAGAAAUCAGUUAUAUAGUCAGAUCUUUCACAUUUUGGCCUUUUCCCAUUCACUAUGUAAACUAAAUAAUGGAGCCACAUACGGUCACCCGUACUCACAUAUAUAAGCGUAUGUAAUGAAUAAAACAUUUAUAAAAGAUACAUUAUUUUCAAAGCUGUAUUAAAAACAAACUCUGUAGUCUGAGAGAAGUAUACAGUAACCUGCUUCCAUAAGUUCCUGAUAAGCAUUUUGACUCUAUAACCCUUUUUGAUGUCCUGAACGACCUUAAGAAUCCUUUUGUGAUUUCUAUAAAACGAUGCUACCAUAGUCUUCAUGAUAUAAUUCUAUGACUAAAAAACCCUAUUUGGCCAAAGUAAUCAGAUCAGAUAUCCACUGUAUAUUAAUAAUACAAUUCAUAAAGGGGCCCCAUGCUAGACAGUAAUAUUUCAACAUCUAGUGGUAUUUAAAAAAAAAAUGCAAUAUUCUAUUUAAAAGCGAAAUUUACUUUAUAUUGAAAAUAAUCUAAGGUAGCAUAUGAUAUCUUUUUUUUGGUUAUUACCCCUGUUCAGGAAAAUAUGUGAAUUUAAAAUGUUCUCCUUUUGUGUUGUUUGACAGUAUUGCAUAACUUCCAGGCUAUAGAAAUAAAGUCAUUAGCCUAUAUACAGA